AUGAGCUUUACAUACGAAGGCGGUGUUAUAAAGUGCGAAGAUUUUAUGUUCGACGAUGCGUGUGGUGGUCUGGGACUUCAAUAUUUCAACGCUCUGAGGCUGCACAAACAACAACCAGCGCAGAUUAAUACUCAGAACGAUGAGUUCGAUACUUUCAGUCAACUCCUCACGAAAACCGUAAGAACUUCGUUGGAAUUAAAGAAAAGAGGAAUCCGAUCCCAAGAUCUGAUAGCCGUCUGCACCACAAAACAAAAUUUAAACGCCUGCGUACCCAUUCUAGCCGGGCAAUAUUUGGGCGCAAUUACUUUCAGCCUGGACCCUUCCUUAAGUAUAUCCGAAUGCUCAGAACUGCUGGCGCAAGUACAUCCCAAAAUAAUAUUCGUCAUAGACAAGGCAACUGACACCAUAAAACGUUCGCUCGAAAAUUGCGGGAUAGAUGCCGAGAUAAUAUCUUUCGGGCAAGAAUUCGAACUGCAGUUUCUUCAACCGCAAGAAGCAGAAGAUUAUUUUCGACCGGUUUACAUCGGAAAUUUGAAACAGACGGCCGUCAUACACUUUAGCAGUGGUACCACAGGGACACCAAAGCCGAUUUGUCUAAAUCAUUAUUAUUUCUUGACGUUAAUCGACAGGUCGCGGAAAAGAGGAUCGGGGAUUUCCUUAAGAUUCGCGAACUUUUACUGGGUAUCCUCUUCGAUGGAGCUGGUAAUGUUUACAGUUCGUGGCGGCUGCCGGUUGCUAAUGGAGCACUUCAACGCCGAUGACAUAUGGACCGUUAUCGACAAGUACAAGGUGACAGACUUAGGUCUGACGCCAAUGGAAUGCAUUGAGCUGACGUUAACUACACGACCGCCUUCAGUCGAAACGUCCAGCCUGAAAGAACUGAUGACCGGCGGUCAAGUUUUGCAUCAAGAUUACCUGUUAGCGUUAAAGAAACUUUUUCCCGAUACCAAAGUUUUCCAAAUUUACGGUAUGACCGAAGUUGGUUUUGCAACCAAAUUUGAUGAAGAGCGUCUACGCAAUAAACCCUUAAGUUGCGGAAUACCCACUAAAGGGUUGUGGUAUAAGGUAGUCGAUAUCGAGACGAGGAAAGUCCUGGGACCCAACCGACCGGGAGAGCUGAUGAUCAAAGCCAAACAUAUGUUCACCACGUUUUACAACAGAUCCGCUGCGGGCAGUUUCGACCAGGAUGAAUUUUUCAAAACGGGAGACAUGGUGUAUUACGACGACCAGUUCUGUUUCUUCGUGGUCGACAGAUUAAAGGCAAUAUUAGGAUGGAAAGAUUAUUUGAUCUACCCGUCCCACAUCGAAGAGGUUCUGAUCAGGCACCCAUCGGUUCAAAACGCGGUCGUUAUCGGAAUACCGCACAAAGUCGAAUCCGAACGUCUGCUGGGCGUGGUUGUUUUGAAAAGUAACGCACCCAAGGUCACCGAAGAAGAGCUGGUGAGAUUUGUAGAUGAAAGAGUACCCGACCACAAAAGGCUUAGGGAAGGGGUUAAGUUUAUGGAUUCCUUCCCAACUACCGUUACUGGAAAGAUCUGCAGGAGAAAAAUAAAAGAGCAAAUUUUGUUCAAAUAUUAUAAUCAGUACGACGACCUGUCAUUUUUAAAUCCUAGGGAUGCAAAGUAUUGUCGGUCCUGAUAAUGCAGAGCCCGAGAAUACAAAUAAGUAAAAUUACCGAGGGGUUAACCACAGGGAGGAGGGUAUACGUAUAAUUUGUUGGAAUACCUCUGGAAUUCAUUUGUAAUUAGUUGGAAUGCCUCCGGUAUUCGUUAGUACCUCCUCCUUAUCUUAUCUUCGGUUUACAUUGGCAAAUAUUGUAGCGCGGCUAAUUUCGUUUGCUUCUGCGCGAAAUAUAUCAAUAUAUGUCAUUCCUAUUCAUUAUCUUAGGUUUUAGAGCCACGGUGCUCAUUUAGUUCCAGGACUUCUAUAAUAGUUUGCGUUCUUUGAUCAAAUUUCGAAGGUCAUUUUGUUUUUUCGCACACUGUAGGACAUCGUCACUGGUUACAGCUAAAUUCUUAAUUUGCUAAGAACGCGUCUCAUAUGUUUCUAGAUUUUAAACAUGUAGCGUCGUUCCAAGCUUAUGUCACCAUAAUUCCUCUGCGGUUUAUCCAUCGGAAAUUUCGAUUCAAUAUAAUGUCGAUGGUUUUGGUUUUAUAGCCAUGGUAAUAUUUUGUUGUUCUCAAAAUUCCAACGGAAGCAAUUUUGUAAUUUUUUAUUUUUAUCUGUUUUCAGAUUUGCAUUUGAUUUUGUUUAUCUACCGAAUAAAAUCAAGUUUAUACAGUAUCAGUUUAUUGUUAUCGACACCGCCAUUGUCCCAGUUUUCUCCCGAUAUGGCUUUUAUUUAAUCGAACGGGAGUUAUUGACCGACUUAAUUGCAUAAACAACAUUUUUAUCGCAUAAGAGUAAUUCUGGAAUUUUUUCAAAAAGUUCCAUUUUUCCAUUUACUACGUGCAUUUCGGUCGCCGUCGAACCCGUGCACGACUUUAUGGCUAAAGUGAAUACAGAUGGAUACAC